AUGACUGCCAACGGCACCAUCACCCCAGCUCCCGACGAGAACGAAGCUCUGUUCUCCCCCUCGCUCAUCUCGCCCAAUGUCACCAGUGCGCUGCCGGAUGGCUACUCCAUGCGCCCUCUGCAGCGGAACGACUUCUCGAACAGCUUCCUUGAUGUGCUUCGGGUGUUGACGCAGGUGGGCGAGGUCACGAGAGAUGAAUUCGAGUCGCGGUUCGAUCAGAUGAAGGCGAGCACCGGCGGCUACCAUAUCUUGGUCAUCUUGGACGGGGAGGGCAAGAUUGUUGGGACAGGGGCCCUGAUUGUGGAGCGGAAGUUCAUCCACCACCUUGGCCUUGUCGGACACAUCGAGGACAUUGCGGUCGCAAAGGAUCAGCAGGGCAAGAAGCUGGGGCUGCGGAUAAUACAGGCAUUGGACUACGUGGCGGAGAAUGUUGGGUGCUACAAGACCAUCCUGGACUGCUCAGAGGCGAACGAGGGCUUCUAUGUGAAGUGUGGUUUCAAACGAGCUGGACUCGAGAUGGCGCACUAUUACGGGCAGGUGUAG